CUCCUAACAUUCCAGAAAAGGGUAUCUGAGAGGGGCUACUUGGCAUCACAUCUGUAGCAGCAUCUGCGCGGCUUUCAGACCUUUGCCGAGAUGGCCGUCAUGUCCAUCAUGACGCCAAGAACGCAAAGUAGAGGUAUGACCCGCCUUGCACCGCUGCUUCUCGCUCUUUUCAUGCUCCCGGCCCUCAUAGCGCCAAUGGCUGCAGGCAUGGGCGUCGUAUCCAUAGACUAUGGUACAGCGUUCAUGAAGGCGGCCUUGGUUAAACCGGGCAUGCCAUUCGAUGUCGUGUUGUCCAGCGACAGUAAGCGCAAGGUACCCUCUGUUGUCGCAUGGAAGCAGCAUGAGCGCCUCUUCGGCAGCGAUGCAGAGAACGCCGCCGGUCGCUUCCCAAAAGACACUUAUGCGGCGAUGAAGCUACUAUUGGGAAGAGAGCUGUCCAAUGAACAAGUCAAGCAGCGGCAAGCACAGCUCUACCACACAGACUUGGUCGCCGCGGACAAUCGCCCCGAGGCAAUCGGCGCCCUGCGUACACUCAAGACAGCGGACAAUCAAGAUAUCGUUUACUCCAUCGAAGAACUUGUCGGUAUGCAGUUAGCACACAUGAAGCAGCUCGCUGAAGCAACUGCAGGAGAGGAUGUCAAAGUGACCUACCCAGGCAACAUUGGCACGUUCGGCGGACUUGACGUCGUCCUUACUGUGCCAGGUUACUUUACCGCUGCCGAGAGGCAGGCCAUCUUUGAUGCGGCUCAGCUAGCAGGCAUGAAACCUCGAUUGGUCAGCGAUGGUGCUGCAGCUGCAACUUCGUAUGCGCUAAGUCGAACGUUCCCAAAGCCGGAAAAACAUAUGUUCUACGAUGCCGGUGCCGGAUCUACGCGUGCAACGAUCGUCGAGUUCUCUACCCAGCAGGUGAAAGCCGACAGCGUGCUUUUAAUUGGCUCGACGCAAAAGGAAGCCACCAUCGUUGAUGUCCUCUCCAUCGGUUGGGAUAGACAAGCAGGCGGGCUUGCGCUCGACCUAAUCGUGCGAGACAUUCUAGCAGACAAAUUCGAGAAGACGGCGGCUGGUCAAUCGCUCUCCACACCUUUGAGGCAGAACGACCGGGCAAUGGCCAAGCUGCUCAAGGAGGGUAAUCGAGUCAAGCAGAUUCUCAGCGCCAACGCGGUGGCGUCUUCUAGCGUCGAAGGCCUGGCGGAGGAUAUGGACUGGCGUGGGAAAGUCGAUCGAGAAGAAUUCGAGGAUGCUGUUCGUCGCUCUGGUCUCGGAAAAGGGUUCACACAACCGAUCAGCGAUGCGCUCCAGCGCGCUGAUCUUUCUAUUCACGAUCUCGACUCAGUCAUUCUGGUCGGUGGCAGCACGCGUGUGCCCCUUGUCCAAGCUGCCCUGAGAGAGGCAGGUGUCCCUGAAAGCAAGUUUGCCCAAAAUGUCAAUGCCGACGAGGCAGCCGCGAUGGGCGCCGCCUUCUAUGGCGCAUCGUACAAUCCCCAAUUCCGCAUGAAGGACAUCCGCGGCUACGACGCGAAUCCAUAUCCCGUUUUACUACGAGACCCGCUCAAUGGGGGCAAGGAGGAAGUCCUGUUUGGCAUCCAGAGCUUCAAGAACGACUUGGUCCUCAAGAGCUACACUGGAACGAAUGUGCACGAGGACUUUGUCAUGCAGGUCGGGUAUGCGAAUGACGCUGAAUGUCUUGUCGACGGCUUUAGCCAGGAUGUCGCACUAUUCAAUAUUAGCGGCAUCUCCUCUGCUCUCGCUCAUCUCACAGCAAACGGCGACAUCAGUGGCGUGAAGACAGAGCUGAACGUGACAUUUGUCAGCAAGCCCCUCGGCACUUAUGCAGUUCAGAAUGCCGUUCUCAACGUCAAGCCAAAAGUCAAGACCGGCCUAUCUGCGGCACUGAAGAGCUUCUUCGGUGCUGGAGGAGGCUCGGACGAUUCAGAAGUCGAAACCACAGAGGGAAAUAACUCGACGGCGACUGCAGCCAAGAAGCUUACGGAGGCAAAGGACAAGCUGAUCAAAUUGACAGUUGAGACAAUUCCUCAAGGCGGAUACAAGCCCAUGGAGUCACGGCAACUUAAAACGUCAAAGGAUCUUCUCUACCUUCUCGACAAGGACAAUGAGCGGCGCGCGCAGCGCGAUGAAGCUCGCAACUUGCUCGAAGGGUACAUCUACCGGGUCCGUGACUUGCUCGAGGAUAAGAGCGUUCUCUCGGCGAGCAAGAAGGAUGAGCGUGAGAAGAUCAAGCAGCGGGUCGACGAUAUCUCGAUCUACCUCGCCAGUGAGGGAGACAAGGCAGAGAUUAGCGUACUUAAGCUGAAGCGGGCCGAUCUUGAGAGGCAUGUCCGGCCCAUUGAAACGCGCAUUUCCGAAGCCUCGCUUCGAGAUCAAGCAUCUGAGUCAUUCUUGCGUGUACUUGGGGAUGCAGAUGCAUUCGUCCAGGGGGCCCAAGCGAAUCUGACACAGGCCCUGAAUGAAGGCAUCUCGAGCAAAUACGGCAAGGCCGAACUCGAUACCCUGGCAAAUACGCUAGCAAAAGACAAAAAAUGGUUUGAGACCAGUGCAGCUCUGCAGAAGAAGAAACGCAUAGACGAGGAUCCAGUUUUUCUUGUGGAGGAACUGCAAAAACGGCAGCGCAAGUUCUCGGAUACAAUCCGCAAGCUGAAGAAGCGAAAGAUCGCAAAGACCCGACCGCCAAAGAAAGCAUCACCAACGCAGGAAGGAGAGGCAGAGGGCAGCAAAGGGCCAUCAGGCACAAAGGAACCCGAAGUACCGCCACCCCCUGAAGAGGCUGGCUCUGCUCCGCCUACUGAACAAACACAAGCGAAGCACUCUCCACCCCUUCACGAGGAAUUGUAAUCUAUGCACACACGUGAAAGGCGACCGCGCGCGAAGGGUCAGUCAUCCGCGUAAGAGGCAUAAGGCGGGCCCAACGAAGCUCACGUUCUCGUGUUAUCAACAAGAAAUCCAGAAUAUAUUUUGCCC